ACUUGCGGCCACUAAGAAACGAGUUUUGACAUUUCUAUUUCCAAGGAGACCAACAGGGGGAACUGAGUAGAUGAUGUGAGCCAUGAAUAGACAGCAGCAGAAUGGGAUUGGUCACAGGAAAAGUCUCAAACAAAAUGGACACUAUGAGGAACCCUCAUGGCCUUCAACAGAUACCUGGGAUGAUGUUAUCCCAUUACCUAGACUAUCAUUUAAAAGAUCUGCAUGGGUUAUAUUUACCUUAGCUGUCAUCUGUUUUGCUAACAGUUAUGAUGGUGAUUUUGUUUUCGACGAUAGUGAAGCAGUGACAGGAAACAAAGAUCUGAAGCCAGAAACACCAUUACUGUCAUUGUUUCAUCAUGACUUCUGGGGAAGAAAACUUGACUCCAAAACAAGCCAUAAGUCAUAUAGACCACUUACAGUGUUGACAUUCAGAUGGAGUUACAGUUUAGCAGGUGGUCUCUAUCCUAUGAACUUUCACAUCAUCAACAUCAUACUCCAUGGAAUUGUAUCUGUGUUAAUGUUAGCCACAUUCUCUCUACUGAUGGCAGGAUGUGAGGUCAGAGAUGGUAGACCUAUCUUUGGUUGUCCCAGAGCUGCACUGUUUUCUGGUGUUUUAUUUGCAGUUCAUCCAGUCCAUACUGAAUCAAUUGCAGCUGUUGUUGGAAGAGCAGAUCUGUUAUGUGCUUUAUUUUUUAUUUUGUCUUUUCUUGGCUACAUCAAAGCUUGUUUAAAAGAUGUUGAUGAUGAAUCAUUAUACCGACCAUCUUCAGCAUCCAUCUUAUGGUUAAUAGCCAGUAUGUUACUGUGUGCUCUGUCUGUGAUGUGUAAAGAACAGGGGAUUACAGUGAUUGGAAUAAUAAGUGCUUAUGACAUACUUAUAAUAUGUAAAAUAGAUCUGUUAGAAAUAAUUGGCAUCAAGAGUCAGACUGAAACCAUUAAAGCUGAUGAGCAGGAGUUUGUUAAACCAUGGAAGAAAUGUUUAUUGUUUCGUCAUAUAAUUUUAUUGGUCUCAGGACUCAUUAUUCUGACAACUAGGUGGAGAAUAAUGGGCUCUACCACACCAACAUUCCAAGUCUUUGAUAAUCCACAUUCCUUUGUAAAUGGAUCACUUUUUAGGGCAUUAAAUUAUAAUUAUUUAUACAGUAUAAACAGCUGGUUGUUAGUAAAUCCCUGGUGGCUGUGUUUUGAUUGGUCGAUGGGAUGUAUUCCUGUGAUAGAAUCUCUUUCUGAUUGGAGGAUAGUGGUUGUUAUUGUGUUCUGGAUAAUAUUAGCAUCUUUACUGUUUACAUCUUUGAAUGGAAUUCUGAACCAACAGAAAAGAAACAUAACAAUGGCAUUAGCAUUCCUAAUUAUACCAUUCCUACCAGCUACAAACUUAUUUUUCCGUGUUGGUUUUGUGAUAGCAGAGCGUGCACUUUACCUUCCAACAGCAGGAUUCUGUAUUAUUGUUGUGACAGGAGUUAGUAAACUAUGCCAAGAUAAAGACAAAAGAGAGAUAAUUAGAUAUUGUAUAUACUAUUUAGUAUUGAUGUUCGUAAUAAGAUCUGUACAUAGAAGUGACCAAUGGAGACAAGAAAUGCCAUUAUUCCUGUCUGGUGCUAAAGUUUGUUCUCUUAACGCAAAGGUACACUAUAAUAUUGCUAAGCUGAAUGGUGAUAAAGGUAAUGCUGAUAUAGCUAUAGAGAAAUACAGACUUGCAAUAGAAUUAAAUGAAGAAUAUGACCAAGCAAUGAAUAAUUUAGGAAAUAUCUUAAAAGAGAAAGGAGACUUGAAAGAAGCAGAAAAAUUGCUGUUAAAAGCUGUUAAUAUCAGAGAUGAUUUUGCAGCAGCUUGGAUGAAUCUUGGAAUAGUACAAGCCUCUUUACAUAAAAACAACUCAGCUGAGAAAAGUUACUAUACAGCAUUAAAACACAGAAAAAGAUAUCCAGAUUGUUACUAUAAUCUUGGAAAUAUGUAUCUUGAGAUGGGGAAAAACCAAUUAGCAAUACAAGCCUUCAGAAAUGCUACACAACAGAAACCAGACCAUGUAAAUGCCUGGGGAAAUAUGGUUAUUCUCUUAGAUAAUAUAGGAUUAACCACAGAAGCAGAAAAAGUUGGUAAAGAAGCUUUGCAAUAUAACAGUGAUCCUUCCUUGUUGUUUAACUUAGCCAAUGUUUUGGGUAAACAAGAUAAGUUCAAAGAAAGUGAAGUUGUCUUCUUGAAAGCUAUACAACAAAGUAGUAAAGAUUCCAGAAUGUAUGCCAAUUUAGGUGUUUUGUACCACAGAUGGGGUAAAUUUGAAGCUGCCGUCAAAGCUUAUACCACAGCAUUACAGUUGGAUCCAUCAUUAGAUACCACCAAGGAUAACUUACGGAUGGUCCAUAGAAAAAUGGAGAAGGCACAGAGAAAAUAACUGUUAAAAAACAUGAGAUUAAUUGUAUUCAAUUUGCCAAAUUAUGUAAAUUAUUGUAUUAUUAUCAUUACUAUUAUGAAGUCUUCAGAAUGGUUUGUAGAAAAAGGGAAAAGUCAUAAAACAGUAAAAGAGUUAAGAAAAAAUAAUUAUUCAGUGGUGAUAAUUAGCUUUAUUGCAAAAUCAUUAUAAUGUAUGAGCUUGAGCCAUAACAAUAUUAGCUGAGCAUUAAAUGUACUAGUAUCUCUCUUUAAUAUGAAAAUUUAUCAGUUUCAAAUGUAAUGGUCACUAAAUGCAGCUUACACAGUUUUUGAAAACAUGUAUUUUAAAGUAGAGAUCAAUGUAUACACAUAGUUGGAAGAAUGUAACUUCAGAAAGAUACGAAAGUUAGAAAUGAUUUCAAUUUAAUAACUUAUCAAUAUAUUAUAUAUUCUUGUAAAUACAGAAUUCAGUGCUUGCAAUUUUUUAGGCAAAAAACACAUGAUAAAUUAGUGUGAUUUUUAUACAUGUUGUAGAAGGGUAUUAACAGUGCAAAUUGAAACGCAAGGUUUGAUUAUUGAAAUAUUUAUCCUUUGGCAUUUUUCACAUUAUUGAAAACAAAGCAUUAAUUUAAAUAAUUUUGGAAUUUAUAGUACAGGCAUCUGUUAUUAUCAGAAUCUUAUACAUACUUCUUGGUGGUAAAGUUACUAUAUGUACUCAAAAUUUGUAUUUUUUAAUGUUGAUCUAUAUGUACUUUUAAAAACAUCAGUAGUAUCACAUAAAUUACAAUGUUAUAUUGUCAUCUUGGUUGGUUGUACAAUAGCCUAGAGCCUAUAAAUUGACAAGUGAGUUUAGAAACCGAUUCAUUAGCUAGAUGUGCAAUAUAUGACAUUCUUAAUACAUUUGUAUUGAAAUAUGUUUUUGUUGUUUGAAGAAAUUAUGUAUGUUUCUAUUGUGCUAUAGAUGAUGUGAUAUUUUCUUUUUAAUGUUUUUUAUUUGUCAGAUAUGUAGGUUCUUUAUUGAAAAAUUCUUUAUGAUAGGUUAAAAUAGAAAUAAUUUGUUAACCAUAGAAUGACCAAUCCAGAAAUCCCACCUUUAGCUUUAACAAAAUUUUUAGUUCACAAGUUUUUUUUUGCAUUAGUGUUGACUUAUCAAGCCAAACUUUAAGGAUAGUUCAAUCUGUUAUUAACAAAAUAACUUUGUUUUCCUACCUUUUUACAUUUCUUCUGCUGUCAGUGUUGUACGAGAUUAAGUGGUCAAGAUAAUCAACCUGACUCACGAAAGGAAAAAAUGAAAAAGAAUAUACAAAGUUAGAGUUUUGUUAUUUAUACACAAAUAUGUAUUAUUAUCAUUGCUGCUAAACAAAUUUUCCUAGCAGUUAGUAAUAUUUUCACGCCCAAUAGAAGCUAAAUGUUUUGUUUUUUUUUAACUUUUUUUAUUAAUUUAAUCAUGUACAAACAUAUCAUGGAGUGGAAAAAUUUAUAUGUCAGUUUUUAAGAAAGUGGUCAUAUUUACAUAUCAGUUAAAAGCAUAUUUUCUUUAACAUUCCAAUAAUUAAUUUGUAUUUAAACCAUGGUUGUGUUUUAUAAUGACAAAUUUCCAAAUGGUAUCUUUUUUACUUGAAAGACAAUUUAUAUAUACAUAUGUAGAACAGGCUUCCAAUUAUUAAAGGAGAAGUCCUGUAUUUUGCCCCAUGAUAUCCAGAAUGCAAACUUUCAUAUGUUUUAACUUUAUGCCGUUAUGAAAAAAAUAUAUAACAAGGUUCAUAUAUUAAACAGAAGACUGGAUAAACUAAUGACACAAGCUUUUCGAAUUACAAGAGUAUAUAUAUAUGACUACCAGUAAAAUUAAAAUUGUGGAAAAUGUGAUGAAAAUAUUAAUGUUUCAUUCCUUAUCUGUGUUUUGAACAAUAUUCCAUGCUUGCACAAUGACAUUGAUCAUUCAACAUAGGAACAUUUUUUUAAUCAUUUAGUCAAGUUUGGUUUGAAAAUUUCGAAGAAACCACACCAAUAACAGUUUUCACCAACAGAGACUGUUUUGUACUACUUCUUCUAUUUUUUACUGGUCCCUUUUAUGGCUAGAUGAGGACCUGUCAUGAAGAAGCAAAGGUAAAACUGCAUCUUUUAUAUACAUUUUCCUGUAAACAAGGAUGGUUUAUUUUGCAAACCCUGUAAGAAAAUAUUUUUUAUAAACAGUUAAGAAAGAAUCACCUAAGAAAUUAAUUUUCUCAAGCAUGAUAAUUAUAUACUUAAAAAAGUUUCCCUGUAUGCUCUCUAUAAACAGGGGUUCAGCUUGCCAUUGAAGGACCAGUUUGCAAAAUAUAGUUUUAGAAUAUAGGUUUAUUAAAACUAUCAAUAAUUAGUCAUUUUGAAUUUUGACAGAAUAUCAGAAACAUGGGAGUAUGACUUUAACUUUGAACUAUUUAAGGGGCAUUAGCUGUCAAAUUCGUGUUCACCUAUUUGACUCAAAUUUUAAUAUUUAAUUUGUAACAUACUAAAAGGUAUAUCCAAAUUAUCAAAAGUUAAAAAAAGAACAAUUAACAAUGCAAGGACUCAAUAAUAUGUAUCAGCAUUUCAAGGGUAUUUUAGUCUAGACACCACCUAAUUAACCAUCGAGAUGACCUCCGAAAACAGCCGACUGUCAUAUAACCAAAUAUAAACAUAAAAACAUAAAAAUGAAUAGAUAGCGAACACGUUCAAUUAGAUUUUGUAGGUCUGUUUGAUUUCAUAUUAUAGGUUAAAUAAAAAUGUUAAACAUUGCUUUUACCUGUAUAAGAAUGAUUUUUUGUGGAUCGAAUCAGUCAACCAAAUGAUUCACACUUGUUUCACUUUCAAUGACAUUCUUUCCCUUUCAAUAGCUGAACAAGCCUAGUACAUGCAAGUCAAUAAUACAUCAGCGAAAUGUUUGUGAGCUUAUUUUGACAAAUUUGGACCAAAUUGACUGCUUAUAACGAAAUAUUAUUUCAAGAUUCUUUUUUAAAAUUUAUUAAUACUUGAAACUAAAAGAAUCGUAAUUUUUGAUUUUUGUCUAAAUAAUAGCUAAUGCCCCUUUAAGAUAAAAUUCAUUCCAAUAAGAAAAGCUAAAAAAGAAAAUUUUUAGUAACUGUUACCAAAAGAAGCACUUAACAUUGCUAGUAGUUUAUACUUGCCAUAUUCAUGAAGGCACCAUUCCAUUGUUUUAUAGAUUUUUAAGGGUAAUGGUUGUGUGAUUUUGAUACUUUUUCAAAUAUUGUCACUGGUUGUGUGUAGAAUUGUAGACAUAUCACAUGUUUUUAUCAGUAUCUUAUAUACUUCUUGGUGGUGUUUUUAAUGUCUCUAUUUUUAUGUAAUUCAUGACAUUGUAAUUUAUUUUCCACAGAAAAAUUAAAAAUUUAAUAUUUGUAAAAUAGCGGACCUCUUUUAUGUGGUCAUUAUACAUUUGUGUAUAGAGAAUGAAAGAAUAUAUAGUGAAGGAAGAUUUAUUCUCACUAUUUCAGUGGUAAGAAUUAUGAGCAAAAAAUAAAACUAUUUCAUGGAAUCUAAAUUUUAAAAUAACACCUGACAAUCAUGAAUUUAAAUCAGUCAGGAAAUAGUGAAUAAAAGAUGGUGCAAAAAAUUUCCAGUUUACGGAAAUGAGGGAAGCACUGUAUGACAUGGAAUUGAUAAUAAAAAGGCUUAGAAUUUAAAAAGUAAUUAGGACUGGUAUUUUUCAAAGUUGUUUUUUCGUUUGAAAAAAGGAAGAAGGUGCUUUACUCAUGCUUUCAUUGCUAAUAUUUGUUAUUGUUUUGUUUUGUUUCUGUUAUUGAUUUAUUUAAGAAAUAGCAAAUCCAUUUUAAUUGUUAAGGCCUUUGGAUGAGUAGUUUCCAGUGAUUAAUAACUGUUAAGAAAAUCAUGUUUAAUUAGCACAAUUAAAAAUUUCGAUAAGAUUCUUCAAUUUGGAAUUAUUUGUUUUGCACAACAAAACAACAGAUUAUACCACUGGAUUUUGUGGUGUGCUAUAGUGAAAGCCAUUUUUGAUAGUGGAAUGACCCAAAUGACAGAGCUUAUGGGCCACAUGAGCUUACCAUGAAUUCACAUUUCUUUUUUAUGAGCAUUUACUUCAAAAGAUUACAUUCCAAUAUUUAUAAUUGAGUUAAAAGUAAGAUUUCUUUGCUUUUAUAGUCCCAUUGCAUAAUAUUUUUAAUUAUGAUGGAGUUUCACUAAAAAUUUAUUUUUGCACAAAGAAUCUUAUUUGUAACAAGAAAUCAUUCCAAAAUUGUGAAGAAAGAAGCACUUCUUGGUUUCUUCCAGUCACUUCUUACAUGUUUGUAUUGUUGUAUGUGUUUUUUUAUACAGAUUGAUAUAUGUUUUGCCAUUAAAUGCUUUUAAAAAGU